AAGGAGUUGGAUAAUAAAGCUUGUGCUAGAGAGGACUAUACAUUAUAUCGUGCUAUGCUUAAGACAAUACGUAAAACAGAGGAAAACUAUCAAGACGACUCCCACAUUAUCUUUAUUAUACAAGAGAGUGAUCUACGUUAUUUGAUAGAGAACAUAUGGGCUGGUCAGAGUGCUGUGAGUGGUGAGAAGGAUCUAUUUGAGUUGAUACUAGUUCGUUGGAAUAUCACUGAACACUGGAGCCCAUGGAACUGUAUAUUAUUGACAACUGAUGAAGCUAGGGCUCAUGUUAAACUGGAUAACCCUGAAAAGGCUUACAGUUCACAGUUUACAGAUAAGAUAAGACAAAGGCACAUAUUAGCAAGGAAUUAUUUCACACAGAUACCAGGAAUGAUGGAGGAAAUGUCAACUAAAGUCAAAGAACUACCUCUACCUCGUCCUAAAGAAAGAAUCAUUGUAGUUAGGCAACAUCCACAGGAACAACAACAGCAACAAUUAGCAGUAGACUCUAACUGAGAUAUGCAUACAUAUACAUCUACAAUGUAUAAACAAUAAUGUUUUUUUUCUUUAAUGUGAGAUGUGGGAUGUUGUGAUCAAUAAUUAUUGUACAUGU